CAUCUCCGCCUUCUGUCCUUCACACUUCUCCAUCUCUCUACUCCCAGCAUCUCCUGAACCCUGGUUCAGAUUUGUGUUGUUGUUUUCUCAAUUCUCAACACACAGAUCUGAAAUUCUUUCUUGAAAACGAACACAAAAGAAAGAAUUCUUGCGCAUUUUCAUUUUGUUUUUGUUAAAGGGAAAUGGGUGCUUACAGAGCAGACGAUGAUUACGAUUACUUGUUCAAGGUAGUUCUGAUCGGAGAUUCUGGAGUUGGAAAGUCUAAUCUUUUGUCGAGAUUCACACGCAACGAGUUCAGUCUUGAGUCUAAAUCCACCAUCGGCGUUGAAUUCGCCACCCGUAGCAUUCGUGUUGAUGAUAAAGUUGUUAAGGCUCAGAUUUGGGAUACUGCUGGCCAGGAACGGUACCGUGCAAUUACAAGUGCAUACUACCGAGGGGCAGUUGGCGCAUUGCUUGUUUAUGAUGUAACACGGCAUGUCACAUUUGAGAACGUAGAAAGGUGGUUGAAGGAGCUCCGGGAUCAUACAGAUUCCAACAUCGUUAUCAUGCUUGUGGGAAAUAAAGCCGAUUUGCGCCAUUUACGGGCCGUCCAAACCGACGAUGCCACGUCAUUUGCCGAAAAAGAGCACACUUACUUCAUGGAAACUUCCGCGCUUGAAUCUCUGAAUGUGGAAAAUGCUUUCACAGAAGUUCUUACACAGAUCUAUCAUAUUGUCAGCAGAAAAGCACUUGAAUCUGGAGAUGAUCCGGCUGCGUUACCAAAGGGGCAGACGAUCAACGUUGAUGACGUAUCGGCGGUGAAGAAAGGCGGAUGCUGUUCUUAGAUGGGAAAAAUGGUUUUUUUGGGUGAGUUUUGAUCAAACGAAUGGAAAUUUCGGUAUAAAAUCAUAGUUUUUAUUGUUUCAACAACACUGAAUCCGAGUUUUAUGGCUAUCCGGAAGGAAAUGAAUACAUUCGAUCUCGUUGUUUUUUUAGCUUGCUGUAUUAUUAUAGUUGAUAGCAAUCUUCUGAAUAGGUUUACAUUUGAUUGCUGUUUCUAGGGAUUUAUGUCUUUAUUUGUUUCUGUGUUUUGUGUCCAAGAUUUUAUUGGUAUCUAUGUACUAUGAGUAUGAUUAUUAUUGUGGGCUCUAA